GGCGGGGAGGCGGAGGCGCAGGCGCACUGCGAGCAGCGGCCGGCGCGUGGGGCGCAGUGGUGAGGGGGCGGUGCCGGGGUGUCGGUUGCGGCGAGAGGGGCUCCACCGGGAAGAUGGACGACUUCCAGUCGGGGGAGGAGACUUCCUUUGUUGUUGAUGAAGUCAGUAGCAUCAUUAAAGAGGCCAUAGAAAGCGCGAUAGGUGGCAACGCCUACCAGCACAGCAAAGUGAACCAGUGGACAACAAGUGUGGUGGAACAAACGCUAAGCCAACUCACAAAGCUGGGGAAGCCUUUCAAGUAUAUUGUGACCUGUGUGAUUAUGCAAAAGAAUGGUGCUGGGCUACAUACAGCAAGCUCUUGCUUCUGGGACAACUCCAGUGAUGGAACCUGCACUGUGAGAUGGGAGAAUAAGACUAUGUACUGUAUUGUCAGUGCCUUUGGACUUGCAAUAUAAUUGCCUUGAAAUCAUUCAUCCUUCUCUUUUGUACUCCAGCACUUGAUUCCAUCUCUACUCAAACUGUGACUACACUGAACAACUUCUGUUUUUAAUGUACUUUUUAAGUAAUUAUUUUCAAAUGUAGAAAUGUGAAAACAUGCUGUUACAUGUUUUAUGUUUGUACUUAGUACCGUACCAGUGUUGCCAUACUGUCUUAACACUUCAAGAACUUCUCUUCCAGGUGCUAAUACUGAAAUCUGCUGCAGUGUAAACACUUCCUCUAGAUUUCUUUUUUAAGACCAAUAUAAAUGAGACACUGACUUUCACACUUUGUACUCUUGGUUAGCAUUAAAUUAUUCAAAUUCAUAA